AUGCCGAUUGUCAAACGUCUUAUCGAACAUGGAGCUGAUGUAAAUUUUAGAGAUAAAAAACAUGAUACACCACUACACGUGGCAGCUCGAUAUGGUGGACUCAAAAUUAUUGAGUUCUUAAUCACUCAUGACGCAAAGGUAAAUGCCGAAAACAAUGAUAAAUGGACGCCACUCCAUAAGGCUGCUGAACGUGGCAAAUUUGAAAUUUUCAAAUAUUUAAUUAAACAUGGAGCAAAUAUAAAUGCUACAACUAUCGAAAAGUAUACAAUUUUGUUUGUGGCUGUUCAGAAUGGUAACAUGCAGAUUGUCGAACACCUUGUCGAACAUGGAGCUGAUGUGAAUUCUAAAGACAGAAAUAAUAACACACCACUUCACUGGGCAUCUCAAGAUGGAAAAUUGGAAGUGGUUGAAUACUUAAUCACUCAUGGGGCAAAGGCAAAUGCCGAAAACAAUGAUAAAUGGACGCCACUCCAUAACGCCGCUCGAUAUGGCACACAUGAAUUGUUUAAAUAUUUAAUUGAACAUGGAGCAAAUAUAAAUGCUACAACUGUCGAAAACUAUACAACUUUGUCUUUGGCUGCUCGUAAUGGUAACAUGCAGAUGGUCAAAAAUCUUUUUGAACUUGGAGCUGAUGUGAAUUCUGCAGACAAGCAUAAUUAUACACCACUUCACCAGGCUGUUUUAAGUGGUAAUUGUCUAUAUGCAGACAUUAUAUUGAGAUAAUAUUGAGAUAUACGUUGUCCGCCGUACGC